AUGGCUACGAGGGUCGUAGCGUACAUGGUGGAGGGCGGUAGCCCUUCUACACUCCCUCCGGGAGUCCCUGAGUCACUCUCUUUGAGAGUACAGAUCUACGAUUCCGAGAUGUACGACCCCUGUACCCCUGGUGAGACACUCAGGGGGUCUACCAUGGUAGUCAUGGCUACGAGGAUCGUAGCGUACAUGGUGGGGGGUGGUGAUCUUAGGGGAU